AUGAACUCGAAAAAUUCUCUUGUUGUUUUGGUCGUUUCGUUUGGUAUUGGUCUUGCUCUUGCUCUUGCUCUCGAUGUCGAAAGUCAUUUUCUUGAAAAUGUAAAGAAUAGUAGUCUUCUUCAUCAUAAGCAAACCAAUACAGUAUGGGAACAUCUAGGAACAUACGCUCAAACAGAAAACACAAUUAAUUUUAUUCUUGAAAUUCCUGUAUUUCAAUUCAUGUGUGAUGUUUUUCCAGCCUCAAUGGCUUUUGCUAUGGAAGCUUGUAAACAAUAUCACACUCGUGUUUUAGACAACGGUAGUGCACGUCGAUUAAAUGAGUUGUUAGAAGCUCAUGUCGGAGGACGAGAAAAACGGCAAGUAGCGGCGACACUUCUUGUUAGCGUUAGUGAUGAAUCACACUAA